UAGUGUUGCCCUUAAGGCUAUAGGUUUCAGUUCAAAUCAGUAAGAGCUUUCUUGUCCUUAUAACAAAAUCUAAAUUCUUGAUAGAAAUCAUUACAAAAAAAAAAUAUUCAAAAAUCCGUCGUGAAAUGUGGGACUAUCAGCAGGAUAUUGACUUUAAAACUUCUAUUAAGAUAUCACCGUACUGCCAUACCUGGCAGUCGGCUUGCUGGCUUAUACUUAAGGCCUAUGAUGUGUGGAGAUUUUUAGUAUGGGAUCGAUCCGGGACUUACAUAGCCUUUCUAACGAUUUUCUUGUUUGGUCUCGGCUGCCUGGCAUUCCACUUUUACAGACGCAAGAUGAAAGAUGAUGUGCCCAUGUCGGAGAUCCAGUCAUUGAGAGAACGUGUUCAGUUUGUAAGUCGGGAUAUGGUCAAGAUGCAAGAUGCUCUUAAUGGUGUCAUUAAUGCAUACCCAGAGCCCAAAACCUCUGAGUGGGUUUUCAGUAAUGUUUUUGAAAAUGCUCCAGAGUCUGAGGAACUUAUAGCAAUGCCCGAAACAGAAGAGAUUCCUGUAUCAUUUAUCAAUCCAGAAGAAGAGGUUAAUAAACCAGAGUCUGAAAAUACAGAUGCUAGGAGUCAAAUUCCUGUUUUACAAAAUAAGCCGCUCUUAAAAGAUAAAAAGCCAGUGAAAGAAUCAAAGCUAAAACCUCCCCUUACAAAACCGAAACCCAAACCGAAUGUAAUGCCAAAUACCAAUGAGUCGAAGGAUGUAUCAGAUGUGAAUCAGAAAAAAAAUGGCAAUCGACCUAAAGAAUGGAGGUUCUAGAUCUUGGUUCCUCAAUGUGGUACAGAUUGUGAAGAGGAGGAAAUCCUUGAGUAAACAGAAAUCGUAAUGUUGUUGGUUUAAUAAACAAUUUGUAAUCUUUUUGCAAA